AUGAGUAAAAAACAAUACUGUACGGACGAAGAGUUGCGAAGAAUAUUAGAAGAGAGUGAUUACGAACAAAAUAGCCAGUCAAAUUCGUCGGAUGAAGAAGAAAAUGAUACCGACGGCCGUAGUGAUGUGCCUGAUUUUGACGAUGAUGAUAGUGUAGCCGAUCCCGAUUUUAUUCCUCAUGAUUUGUCACCUGACCGAUCAAGUCUACGAGAUAUAAAUAUUCAGCAUUCGAUUGAACAACAUAUGAAUAAUGAUAUUUUUGAAAGUACGGUGACAUCUCAUCCGUCGACGUCUCGUAACUCUAAUGACCACAACAAAUCCAAAUAA